AUGAAGUGCUGGGGUAGGGCUGUUGUCCCCCAAGCCUUAGGCUCAAAUAAGAAGGAGAACCUGGAGCCAAGGAAGCCCCAGGGACCCCAGACCCCAGGCCUCUUUAAGAAGAUGGAAAGAGAGAAGGCACAAGGACAAAGGCAAGAAGAGCAUCCGAGUAAAGCUCGACUCCAGAAACGUCCCCAGAGACCCCAAGUGAUACAUGAGCAAAACUGGGAGGAGCCCUCAGAUUCCUGGGGCUACCUAAGGAACCCUCAAGGACUUGAUAAGUCUGACAGACACUGUCCUCAUGUCCCAGUGAGUGUCCUCUAUGAGGACCUUCUGGUCUCAUCCUCUGAGGAGAGUGAUUGA